ACAUCAACGACUGUAGUCCAAAUCCCUGUCUCCAUGGCAACUGUACUGACGGAAUGAAUAAAUUUAGUUGUAAUUGUGAAGCAGGAUUCACAGGACAACGGUGUGAGACCAGCAUCAACGACUGUAGUCCAAACCCCUGUCAUCAUGGAAGUUGUACUGACGGAAUAAAUAAAUUCAGUUGUAAUUGUGAAGCAGGAUUCACAGGACAACGGUGUGAGACUAAUAUCAACGACUGUAGUCCAAACCCUUGUCACGAUGGAAACUGCACUGAUGGAGUAAAUGAAUUUACUUGCGAAUGCCAGGCUGGUUAUACUGGAAACUGUGAGCAGUACAUUGACGCGUGCAUCCCGAAUCCUUGCAAAACACAUGGAGUAUGUCAUAAACAUGGAAACACAUAUUUGUGUCAGUGUAAUCAAGGAUACACUGGACAGAGAUGCCAGACGGAACUUCUUUCGUCAUCUAAGACUUCUUCCCAAACAAUACAUAUAUCAUCUGCAACAAUGCCAUCGUCACUCGAAUCAUCACAUGAGUUAAUGUUCAUGUCAACUGUAGCCGUGUCUACGCCAUCCGAAGAAAUGCAUACAUCAUACAAAACAAUGCCUUCAUUACCAACUGUUAUAUCUACGUCAUCAAAAGCAAUGCUUACGACAUCUAACGAAUUCGCUACGCAAUCCGAAUCAAUAUCCACUUCAACAGAAACACUGUCCAUGUCAUCUCAACCGAUACGUACGACAUCCGAACAAAUAGCUUCGUCAAUAUCUACGUCAUCAAAAGCAACACUUACGUCAUCUACAACCGUUACACCAUCCGAAACGAUAUCCACAUCAUCAGAAACCCUUUCCGCGUCAUCUCAACCGAUACGUAUGACAUCCGAACUGAUAGUUUUGUCAAUGUCUACGUCAUCAAAAGCAACACUUACGUCAUCUACAACCGUUACACCAUCCGAAACAAUAUUCACAUCAUCAGAAACCUUUUCCGCGUCAUCUCAACCGAUACGUACGACAUCCAAACAAAUAGCUUCGUCAAUGUCUGCGUCAUCAAAAGCAACACUUACGUCAUCUACAAUCGUUACGUCAUCCGAAACGAUAUCCACAUCAUCAGAAAACCUUUUCGCGUCAUCUCAACCGAUACGUAUGACAUCCGAACUGAUAGCUUCGUCAAUCUCUACGUCAGCAAAAUCAAUGCUUAUGUCAACCGAGUCUAUUUCCUCCUCGUCUGAAAUAAUACCUACAACAUCAGAGCAAAUAACUUCCUCAACCCAAGUAAUGGCUGAUUCGUCUCCUCAUGCAAUGCUAACGUCUUCCGAGGCUAUGGUUCUAUCAUCUGAAUCAAUUCCUAUGUCAUCCAAAAUAAAGCCUACGUCAUCCAUAACAAAGAAACCAGACAAUACAGGAUCGCCUACUCAUGAAGUACAUUCCCGGAAACCGAACACUGAUUCUGUCGUCACUAUAUCGCCGACUAAGACCACGGGUCCAGCCUCUGCUGUACAGGUAUCCAUUACCUCGGUCAGUAUCCAGCUGCUAGGCGAUGUUUCGGAUGAGACUAAGAUCGUUAGGGAUCACGUGAUGGAACUAUUAAAAUUGUCAAACACUUCCUCAUUGACAGUCGGAGUUUCAUCAAAACUAACCAUUAUUAUCGGCGGUGAUACCGUUACCAAUCUGACGCUUAGCAUCAGCUCAUGGGAUUCAAGACCACAAAUGUCGAGAGAACUUUUAGCCACAGCCCUGCACAAAACAGUGUCUACUCUACAGCUGCGACAGUACGAUAACACUGUGAGCGUACAUACACAAACAGCCACAGAGAACAGCUGGGCCGGCGACCAUGCUGUUAUGAUCGGGAUAGUUGCAGCAGUUGUAGCUGGCAUCCUCAUCCUUACUACUGUAAUCAUGGUGAUGAGGAAAAGGGGCACACUACGAGAAGGUAAAGACAUCUACCUAGAUGACGACGGUGUAUCCAACAGUAUUAAUCUGGAACCUAUUUCUAAGAACGAACAAAGAGAGUUUGACAACCCAAUGUAUGGGGGCAUCGACUGCUACAUGCCGUUAGAGACAUCCGAGCCUUUAAAAUAUAAAACUCGAAUACGACUCAGAUCUAUUAAUGAACACCGUAAUAGCAUGAUAGGACACCACAGCAUCAGUAUAGAUAACAACAGAAGGAGACAUCUAAUUACGGAAACCAUGGGUACAUCUCACCAACAGACAAGGACUAUACGAUUCCAGUGGAUACCUGUACUCCUACUACAAGUAAUACUUCUCGUCCAGGUUCGAUGCAGAACAGAUAUAGGAAAGACUACGUCCUCCAAGGUGCUGGUGAUUGUAGAUCUGAAGCGGUACGAGGACACAGCCCACUAUAAAUGUGACACGGGUGUGUUCAGCGACUCCAAAUGCGACGUAUAUAUGCAACUUUGCACUGCCUCUAAUAAAUGCACGAAGAAGGACAGUAGAAGUAGGGUAGACAAUACCUACGGGUUUCUGUUCAAGGAUCAACCGAAGACACAACAGUACAACCCUUCCUACUGGUAUCUGGGGCGAUGGAACGGGACAUUCUUACUGUCCGUGGACCUAGUGGAUUACGAUUCUGUGGGCAGAGACGACAUAUUCGGAAACAUACAUUACAACUUCAACAGCCCUGUAGGAACAAGCAGAAAUAUAACAGCAGAGGCAACGAGAAACAGCAAGUUAAGGUUAACAUUUGAAAUAACCACGAGGUGUUUACCACGAUAUUACGGUCCCACCUGUACCACGUUAUGUGUGGAGCAUGCCCACUCACGCUGCACUGCGAACGGAACCAAUGUCUGCUUACAGGGGUUCACAGGAACGGACUGUAAUAUAGACAUAAACGAGUGCACACACGGCAUUUGUAACCAUGGGAACUGCACAGACCUCAUCAAUGGAUACAUUUGUACCUGUUCAGAGGGCUACACGGGGCAAAACUGUACAACCAUCUUAAAUGAAUGUAGCCCUAAUAUCUGUCACCAUGGCAACUGUACUGACAAAGUAAAUGGAUUUAGUUGCAGUUGUGAUGCAGGAUUUACGGGCCCAAUCUGUGAUACCAACAUAGACGACUGUAGCCCUAACCCAUGUAACCAUGGCAUCUGUACUGACAAAGUAAAUAGUUUUAGUUGUAGUUGUGAAAAAGGAUUUACAGGCACAACCUGUGAUACCAACAUAGACUACUGUAGCCCUAACCCAUGUAACCAUGGCAACUGUACUGACAAAGUAAAUAGUUUCAGUUGUAGUUGUAAAAAAGGAUUUACAGGAAAAACUUGUGAUACCAACAUAGACGACUGUAGCCCUAAUCCCUGUAACCAUGGCAACUAUUCUGACAAAGUAAAUGGUUGCAGUUGUAGUUGUAAAAAUGGAUUUACAGGAAAAACUUGUGAUACCAACAUAGACGACUGUAGACCUAAUCCCUGUAACCAUGGCAACUGUUCUGACAAAGUAAAUGGUUUCAGUUGUAGUUGUAAAAAAGGAUUUACAGGAAAAACUUGUGAUACCAACAUAGACGACCGUAGCCCUAAUCCCUGUAACCAUGGCAACUGUACGGACAAAGUAAAUGGUUUUAGUUGCAGUUGUGAUGCAGGAUUUACGGGCCCGACCUGUGAUACCAACAUAGACGACUGUAGACCUUAUCCCUGUAACCAUGGCAACUUAAAUGGUUGCAGUUGUAGUUGUAAAAAUGGAUUUACAGGAAAAACUUGUGAUACCAACAUAGACGACUGUAGCCCUUAUCCCUGUAACCAUGGCAACUGUACUGACAAAGUAAAUAGUUUUAGUUGUAGUUGUGAAAAAGGAUUUACAGGCACAACCUGUGAUACCAACAUAGACUACUGUAGCCCUAACCCAUGUAACCAUGGCAACUGUACUGACAAAGAUUUACAGGCCCGACAUGUGAUACCAACAUAG